AUGUGUGACACCGGCUGCUCCUCGGGCUGCCAGCCGGCCUGCUCUGUGCCUAGCCCUUGCCAGGCGUCCUGCUAUGUGCCUGUGAGCUGCAAGCCAGCCGUGUGCACACCCGUGAGCUGCCAGCCUGCCGUGUGCACGCCCUUGAACUGCCAGUCAGCCGUGUGCACGCCCGUCAGCUGCCAGUCUGCUGUGUGCACACCUGUGAGCUGCCAGCCCGCUGUGUGUGUGGCCCCCUCCUGCCAGUCCUUCGUGUGCGUGCCUGUGAGGUACAAGCAAGUUGUCUGCGUGGCCUCCUCCUGCCAGCCCUCCGGGUUCUGCCAGCCCUCCUGCCCCACCAUGGUCUGCAGACCCAUCUCCUGUAGCUCCCCUUGCUGCUAUUGACCAUGCGUCCUUUGUUCAGCUGCGUCAGUGCAGGUGGGUCCACAUCUGUACUCCUCCCAGGAGGAGUCCUCAGUAGCCUUGCGGGUUCUGCACAUGGCAGAUGAAAAGCAUGCUCAACGAUCCCUCUGAACUCUGAUCUGGAUCCCUCCAUGACCCUGCACAUCCUCUCAGGGAAGCCCUGGUGCCCAGGGUCCUUCUCUGUCUCCAGCAGGAAACCAAACCCCAUGUGAGCCAAAUAAAUCGUGCGAUCC